AUGGCGUAUACUGUUACCAGGUCAUGCCAUUUGGACUUAAGAAUGCGGGAGCCACGUAUACCCGGAUGGUCGCUCGGCUGUUCCAGGACCUGCUGGAAGUCCAUGGCAGCUUAUGUGGACAACAUGUUGGUAAAGAGUCGGGAAGAAUUGGGUCAUGCCGGAGACCUAGCCGACUGCUUUCAGGUAAUGCUUAAAUAUAAUCGACGUGCAAGGGGGAAAAUUUCUGGGGUACAUGACCGAUUGGCCGCCUUGAGCCGCUUCGUUAGUAAGUCGGCGGAUAAGACCGUGCCUUUCUUUGAGGCCGUGAAGAAGAAAGAAGGCUUCGCUUGGACGGCCGAGUGCCAGAAAUCCUUUGAAGAAUUCAAAAUAUAUCUGUCCACGCCUCUGGUGCUAUCCACCCCCCAGGUCGGUGAGCCUUUGUAUUUAUACUUGGCGGCGUUACCCAAGGCUGUCAGUUCGGUGCUCGUUCGCGAAGAAGAGCGAACCGAGUACCCAGUCUAUUAUGUGAGCCAUUCCCUGAAGUCGGCUGAGACUCGGUACACGCCUUUAGAAAAGGUAGUAUGCGCUUUGGCGAUUACGGUGCGGAAGGUGACACCUUACUUCCAGGCGCAUACGGUCCGAGUCCUGACGUACCAACCUCUGGGAAGCGUGUUACGAAACCCCACGUCGUCCGGGCGACUCGUCAAGUUGGCAGUAGAAUUGACCCAAUAUGGAAUUGAGUAUCAACCCCGCCCUUCGAUCAAGGGGCAAUCAUUAGCCGACAUCUUAGUUGAGUGCACAGUGGGAGAAGAUGAUAGGACCUCGACCUCGGAAGAAAGCCCAGGCGAAUGGUGGGAGAUGCAUGCUGACGGGACAUCCAAUAAUGAGGUAGAGUACGAGGCCGUGCUAGGAGGUAUAAGGCUCGCUAAAGCUUUGGGGGUAGACCGCCUACGAAUCAAAACGGACUCGCGCCUUGUAGUAGGCCAAGUGUCCGGGACCUGCGAAGCUAAAAGCACUCGGAUGACGCAAUACAAAGAAAAGACCGCGGAAUUGUUGAAAGGAUUCGUCGCCCAUGAGAUAGAGUACAUCUCCCGGGACAACAACACCGAGGCCGACAUCCUGUCAAAGAUCGCCUUGGAAGGGGUGCCGGAUCAUCUUGUAAGGAUCUGUCAGAAGGAAGAACUGCUCGGACCUAGCAUCGAGGAAAUGAUUACAGAGAUUCAGCAGGUAACAGCCCCAGAAUGGGACCGUGAUGAGAACCCAGAGUUGUUUUGGAUAGAAGAUAUUCGACGUUACAAGGAAGAGGGAAAGCUGCCAGCUGACCCCGUGGUCGAUGCCCGAGUUCGCCGCAAAGCUCCUUCAUUCGAAAUCAUAGAUGGACAGCUGUAUAAGCGGUCGUUUGGGGGACCUCUCCUUAAAUGUCUACUCCGGACGGAGGCGGAAAAGAUAAUGGAGGAGGCUCACCGUGAAAUAUGUGCAGCCCACCAGGGUGCACACACCCUCGACCGAAAAUUAGUCGUCCAAGGCUAUUACUGGCCUACCAUGAUGAGAGAUUUCAUUGAGUGGAUAGCUAAAUGUGCAGUGUGCCAAGCGUUCGCAUAG